GGCAGAGUCGGGCUUAACUCGGUGGUGUUGCGCUGAGGCAUUCGCAACCCUUCCCCAUCUCAACCCAAUUGACUCUCGCAUCAUGGUCCAAAGCAGCCGGCAACCUCACAGCGAAGUCCGCGAGACGGAACGACAACAUGGCACUUUUUCGGAUGCCACUGUGAUCGGCGCCGACCAUCCCGACGCCCCCAUUCGAGAGUCCCCGCUAGUCGAGGACCUUGAGGAGGACAGCUCGCCGCCUACACCGCGCUUCAUACAGGACGAGGGCUCGUGGAAGCGCUUUAGAUGGGUGCCGUACCCCGUCCGCCGCGUGAUUAAGGCUACCGCACAGUGGGCUAGGGGCCCGUCUCCGCCGCAUCGCUACCGGAUCGAGCCGCUCUUCCCCCUGGUCCAGCAUGCGCCCAUCACACUGCUCGACAAGUACCUACCGCGGAAGCGGCACAGGGCUCUCGCCGCGUUUGGCUACUUUGCCGUGUGGCUCGUCACUUUUGCUCUGGUCAUGCGCGAUGGCCAAUUUGCGGCCGAGAUCCCGGAAUGGGGAAUCCCCACCCACAUAGGCUGCGGGUCGACCUACUGGGUUUCCGGCAACGGGUGCGGCCUGGAUGGCGUCGACUGCCGGCCCUUCACCGACGGCGGGUACCCGUUCCGGUGUCCGGCAAACUGUGCGAGCUACCAACCGCUGAACCCGCGUGCCGUCGGCGACCAGGAGAUUAUCUACAGGCCGCUUGUGAUCGGAGGUCCACCCGAGGCAGGCGACCGGCCGGCCGUGUACCGCGGCGACUCGUAUAUCUGCGGCUCGGCGGUCCAUGCGGGGGUCAUCUCGAAUACCAAUGGCGGCUGCGGCGUAGUCAGGCUCGUGGGAAGACAGGCCGGUUUCAACAGCACGGCGAGGCACGGCAUCACGAGCAUCGGGUUUGAUUCUUACUUUCCGUUGUCCUUUACCUUCGAGCCGGGCAUAGAAUGUGAGGCUCGCGAUGUGAUAUGGUCACUGCUCGCCGUCUCGGUCGUCUUCACCGCCGUCUUCUCCCUCUUUGUAACCUCUCCAGCGCUGUUUUUCUUCCCGGUCUUCACCAUGCUCUACUGGACCGUCGGCAUGGCCACUGACGCCCCUAACCACUCGGACAUACCCUCUCUUUUCUCUACUGAGAUCGGACGAUUCCUACCUGCCAUGUUCGUUGCCUGGGUCGUGUACGAUAAGAUGGGCGUCAAGCGGACGCUCAAGGGCCUCACAGCGCAGGUCGAGAAAACGGUCCUCUGGCUCGGCGCAGCCUGGGUCGGCGCCCUGACCAACUACACGCUCGAUUUCAUCCCCAUCCAGCGUCUCACGCCGCACGACCUGAACCAGCAACCCGGGGCCCGCGCAGCCCUCGCCAUCAUCGUCGGCAUCCUGCUCGUCAUCGCCUCCGCACAGGUGUGGUUCUUCCGCCAAGAAGCACGCCUCAUCCGCUACCUCAAACUCUACGCCCUCUUCGGCCUGGCGCUCAUCAUCUGCUUCGCGCUCCCCUCCCUCAACCUGCGCAUCCACCACUACAUCCUCGCGCUGCUCCUGCUACCGGGCACGAGCAUCCAGAUCCGCCCGUCGCUGCUCUAUCAGGGCCUCCUCAUCGGCCUGUUCAUCAACGGCAUCGCCCGCUGGGGCUUCGACCCGAUCUUGCAGACCGACUACGCUCUGCUGGGCGACGCCCCCAUGGACACGGCGCUGCCCUCCAUGCUGGCCCCGACCAUCACGGCGAACCACAGCAUCACCUUCACCUGGGAGCCGCCGCCGGGGACGUACGACGGGAUCAGCGUGCUCGUGAACGACGUCGAGCGGUUCCGCAAGUACUUCUACGACAGCAACAGUGGCACUGCCGAGAUCACCAAUGUGACGUGGGUGAGAGAGCCCGACUUGCACGUGAACGAGUACUUCCGGUUCGCCUGGAUGAGAGGCAACUCCAGGGGGGACUAUACCAAGGCCGGGAAGUGGGAUGCGAUGGGGCAGUGGACUACCAUGGCGCCUGGACCGUCAAGGCUGAGGGCAAGGGAUGAUGAGGGGGAUAGUAUGAGGGUAUGAGGAUAUGAAUCUGUCGCAUAAUGCGUAUUAGUCUCUGUAUUAGUCUCUGUGAUACGUACAAGCUCCUUUCUUUAUCUUCGUAGCCUGCCGUGAUAUGUCUUGCUUGCAUUUUGCAUGCAUCAAAAUCGACGAGACGAGACUAUCUUACAUAAACAAUCACUGAAUAUCGGCAAUGUCUUCUCAUAUCUCCUGAGUCACUAGCUCAUACUUCCACCUGAACUCUCAUGUAAGGGUGAAAAUCAUUCCAUGCGAUAAUCAACAGAGCAUCGAGAAAGCAUAGGCUCCCCACUCUGUAGACUGGACUCGCACAAUGCUAGACUGGAAGCCAGUCUCUCAUCCCAGCUUUGUCACGACCUCCCU